AUCGGAUUUGUCAAAGUCUUCUCCAAAUUCCACUGACACUGAGAAGUGUCUCUUCUCCUCAAAACCCUUAUUUCCUCCCUCUUUCUCUGUAUCUUCCUGAAUCCGAAGUCUACAAUGGCUUCCUCUCCCAAGCUCGUAUUGCAGAUCCUCAUCACCAUCAUCGUCGCCGUUGCCACCGUCUCCUCCGAUUCCACCGACAACGACGAACGAGUCAGCGAGCUUCUCUCCCAGCAAUCCAGAUCCAAAUCAGGCGUAAUCCGCCUCAACGACCAAACCCUCAGCCGCUACAUCUCCUCCGUCGAAACCCCACGCCCCUACUCCCUCCUCAUCUUCUUCGACGCCACUCAGCUCCACGACAAAUCCGAACUCCGCCUCACCGAGCUUCGCAACGAGUUCGCCAUCGUCGCCUCCUCCUUCAUCACCAACAACGCCAACACCUCCGCACUCGCGAAUCUCUUCUUCUGCGACAUUGAAUUCAAGGAAUCGCAGCUUAGUUUCUCCCAAUUCGGCGUCAAUGCUCUCCCCCACAUCCGCAUCGUGGGUCCUAACCACGGUUUCCAGGACUCCGAGCCGAUGGAUCAAGGCGAUUUCUCCAGGCUCGCUGAAUCCAUGGCGGAAUUCGUUGAAGCCAAGACCAGGCUCUCCGUCGGACCCAUCCAUCGACCACCGUUUCUCACCACCAGCAAGCUGAUCGUCAUUGCAUUGAUCUUCUGCAUCUGGGUACCCUUUUUCGUGAAGAAGGUUCUAUCGGGUCAGACUAUUUUCCAUGAACCGAAGGUUUGGCUGGCUGGUUCGGUUUUCGUGUACUUCUUCAGCGUUUCUGGUGCGAUGCAUAACAUUAUCAGGAAGAUGCCCAUGUUUCUCGUGGACCGCAAUGAUCCUUCGAAGCUUGUGUUCUUCUACCAGGGCUCUGGGAUGCAGCUUGGUGCGGAGGGUUUCACUGUGGGAUUCUUGUACACUGUUGUGGGUUUGCUCUUGGCGUUCAUGACUCAUGGUCUUGUUCUGAUCAAGAGUGUGACCUUGCAGAGGGUGAUCAUGAUGUUUGCGCUCUUGGUUUCGUUUUUGGCUGUGAAGCAGGUUGUGUCGUUGGAUAAUUGGAAGACGGGUUAUGGGAUUCAUGGGUUUUGGCCUUCUAGCUGGAACUGAAUUUUGAGGCUUGGCAUGGUUCAAUUACCUUUGUUUCCUCUUUCAACUUGGUCAUUUUAGGUCAGUAAAGCUCUGCAUUCCAUUCUGAACAAUCUAAACUUCACAGAGAAAUGCUUUCUUAUGUUAGAACUCUUAGCCAGAGAUGAUAUGAAACUUGUCACUGCCCUUGUGUGGCACUGCUUUGAGCUUCAAUUUGAGUAUUAUAAAUGUUUUAGAAUCUGCGGCGGAGUACAUUUUUUUCUGGACUUGUUAUGAUUAGUGAUAAUUGCAUAAUGUUCCAUUUCA